AUGCGCGAGGGCGAGGUGGCGGCGGCGCCGGCGGAGGCGGCCUGCUUCGACAUGACGUGGAGCAGCACGGCCAGCAGCGGCUACUGCAGCCAGGAGGACUCGGACUCGGAGCUGGAGCAUUUUUCCGCAGAAUUUAAUGUUGGUCAGUAUCGUCGAGAUUUGGUAAAAAAAUACAAAUCCUUCGAAUUCUUCCUUCCAGAAAAUGAAGAGGGCUUGAAAAUCAGAAGACAGUGUGCCUUAACAGCGCUGAAUGAUGUCCAAAAGUACCUCAGUGAAGAAAAUGGACAUGUAGCUGUUUUCGAUGCUACAAAUACAACUCGAGAACGCAGAGAAACUAUUUACAAAUUUGGUGAGGAGAAUGGAUAUAAGACUUUCUUUGUUGAGUCAGUGUGCGUAGAUCCAGAGGUCAUUGCCGCAAACAUUGUGCAAGUGAAACUUGGCAGUCCUGAUUAUAUUGAUUGUAGUAAUGAUGAAGCUACAGAAGAUUUCAUGAAAAGAAUAGAGUGCUACAAGAACUCCUAUGAGACAUUAGAUGAAACUCUAGACAAAGAUCUAUCUUAUAUUAAAAUUAUGGAUGUUGGAAGGAGUUACCUUGUGAAUAGAGUAAUGGAUCAUAUCCAGAGCCGGAUUGUGUACUACCUCAUGAAUAUUCAUGUAACGCCUCGCUCAAUCUACCUCUGUCGACAUGGAGAAAGUGAAUUGAAUCUGAAAGGACGAAUAGGAGGAGACCCUGGACUGUCCAUUAGGGGGAAAGAAUUUGCAAAGGUCUUGGCACGGUUCAUUAAUGAGCAAAAUAUCAAGGAUCUGAAAGUUUGGACCAGUCAGAUGAAAAGGACAAUUCAGACUGCAGAGGCAUUGGGAGUGCCUUAUGAGCAGUGGAAGGUUUUGAAUGAAAUAGAUGCAGGGGUGUGCGAAGAAAUGACAUAUGAAGAAAUACAGGAAAACUAUCCACUUGAAUUUGCUUUGAGAGACCAAGACAAAUACAGAUACAGAUACCCUAAAGGAGAGUCUUAUGAAGACCUUGUUCAGCGACUAGAGCCAGUAAUUAUGGAGCUGGAAAGGCAGGAAAAUGUGCUCGUUAUAUGUCACCAAGCUGUUAUGCGGUGUUUGCUUGCUUACUUUCUUGACAAACCAGCAGAACAGCUGCCUUACCUCAAGUGCCCACUGCAUACUGUCUUGAAGCUAACUCCUGUGGCCUAUGGAUGUAAAGUGGAAUCUAUUUUCCUAAACAUUGAAGCUGUAAACACUCACAGAGAUAAACCAGAGAAUGUAGACAUUUCCAGACCUCCUGAGGAAGCCCUUGUAACAGUCCCUGCUCAUCAAUGAAUCCUGUGUCCUGAUCAGCUAUCAAACUUGGGAAUGUGGGUGUGAAUCGUUCAAGAGAAGAAGCCUUGAUGACAGUACCUAAUCAUCUAUAGCCCUUAUUGCUUGUGACAACAUCUCUUUACUGCUAGUGAAGCACCAAGGACAUACUGUAGCUCAGGUAUGGAGUGGAUAGGACACUGAAGUCAAGCAACCUUAAAUGUGGACACUCCUCCAUUGUAAGGCUCUUCAGAUGCGAUUCAGCUUUCUAUAGGAAAAAUGCAUAAAUCUGGAGAAGUCCUAAUGCUGAAAUGAAAUGUACGAGAUGACAUUGUAAAUAUUUAUGGGAAAUGCAGUGAAGUUGUUUUAAAAUUUUUGUUUAUAAAUAUGUGCAGUUUUUCCGUGUUUUUAUUCUUUACCUGUGGAUUAUGCAAGGUACUUAAUUGCUCUUAUCAAUUUACUGUAAAGUUUUAAUGGGACUUUUACUUUUUCUGAUUUUUUAAGCGUUCCAUGUGAAUGACUGCCUAGUAGUAGAUAUUUUUGUAGUGUGUGUGUAAUAAUUUUUAAAUGUAUGUGAAAAUAUUAAUUGAAUGCAUCAAAGGCUCUAUUUGAGACCCCACAACUGGAAAUGGGAGGCAUGGUAGAGAAGUUUGUGAAGUAUCCUUUUUAUUGUCUGUUUCCAUGUUUGAUUUUUAGCUCAAGUUGUUUGCAAGCUAAUCUGUAUAUGUUUUGAAAUAGAAAUCCUUUGUCUGUUGCUGGGAAAAUGUAGCUGUUUAUUAGUUUGAUAGGCUGCGCUGUAACAGUAUUUUUUAAAAACGUUUUCCAUUGACCUGUGACACUUUGGAUCAUCAGUGGGGGGAGAAUUAUUACAUAACUGAUUGCAGUGGAAUGUAAAUAUAAUGUUCAUCAUAAUAUUUUUAAUUAUCCUAGAAACAUAUUAUGAAGAGUAGGCUUAAAAGAUAUUCUUUCCAGCAUCUGUACUGUGUAAGAUAACAUGCUUUUUCUGAAAGAAAGCAAAGCUUGCAAAUUCAGGGUGAAAUAAAUCUUUUUGGCCCACAAAAAAACUCUGUGCACCACUUAACCUGCUAGAUGUGUAAACUGCAUGAUUGGGGGCCUUUUCUUUGGAGUGAAUUACCCUAACAAUAUAAAAUAUCUUUUGAGAGGAUAAAUAAAGAGAGGAUAAGUGUUAAAAAAUUUAAACUUCCUGAGAUUUGUGUAAGAAUGAAAUCUGCAUUUGGAAAACUUACUUUUUCACACGGAAACUUUUACAUUUGCAUAGCUAAACCCUUUCCCCUUUUGUGAAAUUUGAUACUAAAAAGUGGAAGACUUAUCUGUAUAUGUUGAAGCUACUUACUAUCUUUCAUUGUACCUAGCCUAAUCUAUAUAGACAAGUAUGAUCCAAGUAAUUAUAUAUAAUAUAGGCUAAGUCUAGUAAAAGCUGUAAUACUCCCUGCAAAUAAAUAUAUGCAUGUAUAUUAAUGGCAGAUAGAAGGAUAGAAGUUAGCUGGCAGCAAGGCAGGUGUCUCCUACUUGAAAUGACAGAGACAUUUCCUUUGGAUAUUGGAAUACUUUUGUUGUUUGCAUCAAUAAGUAACCAAGCUCCUUCCUUAUUACUAUUCAUAGGUUUAAUUUCUAUAUAGAGGGUUGGUGUUUUGCAGGCAAGUUUGUUUUGUUUUUGUCUGUACAGGGUGGGAGCUUCUAAUGCAAUGUGCUGCUGCUGUGCUUUGUCUUUAGCUAAUUUCAGUGACAUGUCCAGUGCCCUGGAAGCAAGCCAUAUAACUAGAUUUCAUUACAAAAAAUAGGGUAUUAAAUUAUCAAAAAUUACUUGCUUGAAGCUUUUAGUGUCAAAACUUUUGUCUGUACUUCAUUAAGCCAGUAAUCUGCAUUUAAAGUAUGUAUUUAGGGAUGAUUAGUAAUGAUUCUGAGAUGAGCCCCAAGCAGUACUAAGAACAGUUUAUCUACUGAGACCUAGUAAGACAGGUCUUAGAGAUGCUUCUGUUGGAGGGGAAAGAUAAAAUAGCAGAAGGGAAACCACCUCACAGUAUAUUUAUUUAGCAAUUCAGGCUUUUGCUUCAGAUGCCCCUUUUCUGCACCGGGCCCAGAGUCUAGGCUAAAGAUUCAUUUUUUAGUAAUGCUGAAUUGAGGCAGUCCAGCCUAUAUCCUUGGUUAUUUAAGGCAUAUUUCAUACUGUUGUUUUCUUGAUGUGCUUUGGAAAGCAGAGUCUUACUAUGAGAAUUCAAACUACUAUAGUUCUUGAACUUGGACCUGGUAGAAGAAAUGUGGUUAUAUAAAGGAAAAGUUAACCUACAUGAUGACUGAGCCACAAAGCCACUCUCUUCACUGGGAAAUAUAACAGGUUCUCAUCCUCAAUAUUUUUGCAGCCAGAAGGAAGAGGGUGUUUUUACUUUAGUUUUUAAUCUCUCUAAACUUUCAGAGGUGCUGUAAAAUUCUUUAAAGCUAAAUGUUUUAUGUAUAGUAGGUAUUUUUAUAGAUUGUCUUUGAAUAUAUUGUGAUAAGAAGGGUUUACAGGAUGGAUAAGUAAGUUAAAAAAAGUAUACAACUUUAAAUUGUAUGUUGAUACUUGAAAAUGAAAAGAAUGUGAAACUGUCAUUUUUACUUUAGCUAACAAAUAACUUAUUGACUGCAUCUGGCCUUCCUAAUUCAGAAGUGGUUGUCAAAUGGCCAAAGAAUGUAAAAUACACCAGCCUUUCCCUUUAAUAAGUUCUGUAAAAUUUACUUAUUGCUAUCUGAUAAUAUCCUCAUCUUUUUUGAGCAUUAUACAAUUGAAUAUCAUCCAUAAGUGAGAUAACGAAUUACAACCUUGUAUGUUUUGCUCUUUAUGCCUUUUAUUACAUUUUAACUGUUAUAAUGCACUUGCUAGUUCCAGUGCAGUUCUUGGAUGGAAUUAAAUUAUUCUUUCUUAUAUGGUUGGCCUUCAGCUUAAUCUCAUGUUAUCUUUGACCCAAAUAAUAAAAAUCAGGUAUUAGAACAUCAA